AUGAAGAUUGAAAUUGACUCCUUUUCCGGCGCCAAGGUCUACCCUGGCAGAGGCACUCUCUUCGUCAGAGGCGACUCUAGAAUCUUCAGAUUCCAGUCCUCCAAGACUGCUUCUCUUUUCCACCAGAGACUGAACCCCAGAAAGAUUUCCUGGACCGUUGUCUACCGCAAACAGCACAAGAAGGGUAUCACUGAGGAGGUUGCCAAGAAGCGCACCCGCAAGACUGUCAAGAACCUCCGUGCUGUCGGUGGUGCUUCCGUUGAGGUCCUCAAGGAGAAGCGCAGAGCUGGUAUUUCUGUUCAGUCCAAGACCCAGGCUGCUCAGGCUGCUAAGAAGAAGGAGCGUGCUGACAAGGCCAAGAGCGCUGUCGCCCACUCCAGAGGUGCUCCCAAGGUCUCUAAGCAGCAGGCCAAGGGUGCCCAGCAGAAGGUCCAGGCCACUUCUCGUUAA